AGCAUUAACAAGGCUCUCAUUCUCAACCCAGCAACAAAAACGGGUGGCUAUGACUAUCACGAAGGGACCCUGCACUUCUGAAUUUGCCACCACGCUACUGCUCACCCCUCGACCCUCCCGCCUCCAAAAAUCCAAACCACCUCUCGCAGGUUUCAGUGCCUGGAAGGAAAGCGCUGAUGAUACCCUCAGCAAGGCCAGCCACGCUCCGGGAUUUCCAGUUCAGGAACAAAGAAGCCUUUAAGAGGCGGAGAGACUGUCUGCCACCCACCCACCCACUCGCGUCCCCUAUGGAGAGAUGCUGUUGGUAGACGGAGGAGAAAGGGGGAGGCAGCCGCCCCCCGCCACUCCCGCAAGGACUGGGAAGCCAGCGGUGGAGGGAGGCUGCGGUUGCCUUUGUCCCCGCCAAGAAGGCGAGAGAGACCAGCGCGCCGGGCUGUGGCUGGACGGUGCGGCCCUGCAAGGAGAGAGAGAAGGCCAAAGGCGAGGCCAGAGCAGAGCGAUGAACUGCAGCGAAAGCCAGCGGCUCCAGCUGCUCCUGAGCCGGCUGUGGCAGGAGCUGCGCGGCGGCGGCGGCGGCGGGGCGGCGGCUUCGAAUGCUAGCAGCAGCCUCGACGGCUCGCUCUCGGUGCCGAGGCAGGCGGCGGAGGGCGCGGCGGCGGCGGCGGACGACGCCUACCUCUACAUCCUGCUUAUCAUGAUCUUUUACGGCUGCUUGGCUGGGGGCCUGAUCCUUGCCUACACGCGCUCCAGGAAGCUGGAGUCCAAGCACGACCCUUACCACUUGUACAUCGAGCGGGACUGGACGGCCAGAGGGGGCAUCCUGGGGACGGGGGGAGGAGGAGGAAGCAUCGAAGCCGCGGCGGCAGCCACGGAGCUCAGCCUGGACGAAGGGACGUCGGCGGCGGCCGCCCACCAUGGGGAGAGGAGGAGCAGCGGCGACGACAGCGAGCACCUGUGAGAGAGGAAGAGUCCGGAGAGGAUGAUCCCGCCGUCCAACCGAAAGCAGCCCGGCUGGAAGAAGAGCUCCGGUCCCGGUCCAGAGCUGAACUCCUGAACCUGAGCUUCUCUCUCUCUCCGCUAGGCAUGGUUUGCAAAGGGGGGGGACCCCAAUCCAGUUCCUCCCAUCGGUUUAUUUAUUGGGACCCCACGGAAGCGUCCCGAAAAAGCGACGUGCAAGCUUCGGGGUUCAGCCAGAGCUCUUCUUCAGGCUGAAUCCGGAGAGGGGAGGGAGAGAAAGAGGGUGGCAGGAUGGAAACGCCCCCCCAUCCGCCUUUGCUGGUCUGCAUUGGAAUAGUCUUAAGCGGAGGGAGCGUUGUGCGGGUAGUUUUAGGUUGGACCAGCAGCGGGGAAUCUGUCAGCCUCCAGGUGUUACUGUUAGACUUGCUGCUGCUGCCUACACGCCAUACAUUUAAAGGACAUGCCUUUGCCCAAAGAAUCCUGGCAACUAUAGUUUACCCCUUUCAAGCUACAAUUCCCAGUACACUUAAACUACAGUUCCCAAGGUUUGGGUGGGGCGGGGAAUAAUGUGCUUAAAAUGUAUGCCUUUUAUGCAGCCUUAGAAUUGUUGCUGCUGCAUACGUGCCAUUCAUGUAAAGGAUAAGGCUUCCCCCAAAGAAUCCUGGGGACUGUAGUUUACACACACAGAUACAAUUCCCAGCACCCUGAACAAACUACAGUUCCCAGGAUCCUUUGGGGGGAGUCCUGUGCUCUAAAUGUAGGGUGUGUAAACAGCUGUAACUCCCAGCAGCCAGCAUGGCCAGUGAUCAGAGACGAGGGGAGUUGGGAGUCCAACAUCUGGAGGGCACCCCCUUUUCCAUCCCUGGGUUAGACUGUGCUGGGCGCAAAACAAAUCGGUGCUCGAACAUGUGAGGAAAAUGGGAUGCUCUUCCUUGGAAAGCACAAGUCUAGCAGUUUUGGUGGGAUCCGUCUCUGGCUCAGUCCAGAAGAUCGCGGUUCCUUUGGAAGGCAGAUUUAUGGGUUGCUUUGGCAGCUCUCGGGAUAAAAACACUCUCGCACUCUCAUGCUGGGGAGCAUUUCAUGGAAGGUUCUGUAGCCACCUUCCUGGUGACCGGCCAGAUUUUCUUUUUGGCAAUAGGUUUCAAUUGAAGGGGAAAGGGGAGGGGAAGAACUUUUGUGAUGACCUUUGGCUGUGGAAGCACAAACACUUGCCAUUCAAGCAAAGACUUCUCUGGGGCCCACAAGUUCCAAGCCCCACCCCCGGCAGCUGUCCAGCUCCAUUUAUUGUCCAAAGAGGAGGGGCCCCGGUUGCAGCUGCUGAAGACAAUGGGAGCAAGCCAGAUGGUGCCGGGGUGGGGGUGAGGCUGAAGGCCUGGCCUGAUACCACUUUCGGCUUUGCAGCGCACGCUUGAAAGAUGACUUUCGGAGGUUUGCUGUUUCCUCACUUUUUAUUGCCCCAGAUGAAGAGAAAACUCGCUUGCCCCAGAAAUGAACCCUGAGAUCUCUCAUGUUAAGUAGGCGACUCAAGUUCUGCAUGCUCUGCGGUUUUCUUUACUAGACCCCUUGCCCACCUGCCCACUCAGCUGAAUAGGCUAUAAAUUCAUAAAGCUCAAAGUGGUGGUGUGUUCUGGGUCUCUGGACAUAGCCUGGUCUUAACCGUUGAGACAGAACUGAGCUGGGCAAAGUCAUUUUGAGUCGUCCACUCUGGCUUAUGAGCAUAAAAGUGGGAUCAACUGAGGCUCAUCUGGCUGCCCAUUCCAGCAUCCAGCUGCCACCAGUUUGGCUUUUGUCUGGCUAGAUCCGGUGUAGGGAACCUAUGGCCCUCCAGACGCUGCUCAACUGUCACUCCCAUCAUCCCUCUAGUCCUUGGCGAUGCUUGCAGGGGCUGGUGCAAGUUGUGCUUCAGCAACACCUGGAGGGCCAAAGGCUCCCUGCACCUGGACUAGAUCUUCAGCUGCUGACCCGUAUUCUGGCCUGGAUGCUCAGUAUGCAGGAAUAGCCUCUCCCCUGAGCCACUGGCAUUUUAUGCAGCCCAGCAGGACUUGUGCCUCUUCUGCUGUGUUCAGCUGGAGCAACCAGAGGAGGAGAGAAAGAUGGCGGGGGAUGAAGAGAGCAGAUCGAUGAUGGCAGCAUUUCCCUUUCGUUGCCCUCCCUGUGCUUUUGAGGCUCCACUUGGGAGCCUGAAUGACUAGGCGCCUAUGGGCCCCUCAACCAUUAUCGUCCUCCACCCGACAGCCUUGGCUUCACCCCAGAGAAAAGCCCCAGCCGCCGUCCUUCUCACAGCUGAUCUGCAUUAUAAGAAUUCCUCCUCCGAAUUAGAUUCCAAAGACUUGAUCUCACAGCACCGAGCCACCUCUGGGCAGUGAUGCAAGCAGAAGAAAUGUUUUGGAGGCACCAUUGUCUUCAGCGUUUCCUUCUGCAAAAAUAGCUGGAAAAUUCAUGCAAAGCCAGUUGGAGGGAACUACUGCUGGAAAAGCAUAAAGCUCCUUUACAUUAUAAGGUUGUGUGGUACAGAAAGAACUCUGCUGGUUUCCGGUCCCCUUUCUGAGCACAGUCCAACGUGCUGAUGCUUGCCGGUAAGGCCCUAUGUGGAGUGGGACCUGGAAACCUAAGAGAUCACCUUGCCCACAUGUGCAAGAUCAAUCUUCACCAAUGGCUUUCUUCUGGGUGCUCCCACCUUCUGAAGUGGGUGGAAAUGGGGGAACGGGGCCUUUUCAGUUGUGGCACCCCUCUUGUAGAACUCUGUACCCAGGGAGUUUCACUUAGUGCCUUUGCCAGCCUUCCCCAACCUGGUGUCUGCUAGCUGUUUUGGACUACAACUCCCAUCAGUCCCCUGGCUGGGACUGAUGGAAGUUCUAAUCCAAAACAGCUAGAGGACACCUGGCUAGGAACGGCUGGCCUACAGUGAUAUCAUUUAGACAGAGCUUGGAAAAGUUACUUUUUUGAACUACAACUCCCAUCAGCCCAAUCCAUUGGCCGUGCUGGCUGGGGCUGAUGGGAAUUGUAGUUUUAAAAAGUAACUUCCAAGCUCUGCAUUUAGAUACCAGGCAAAGACCUUUUUAUUUUCCAAGACUUUUAACCUCCGAUAUACCUCACCUUGAUUGUUUUUAAUGCUGGUUCCCACUGUUUUUCUUACGUUUUUACAGUGUUUUUAAUAAAUAUUUUUAAACGAAUGGAAUUGCCUUCAAGGAACUGAGGUAGAGAAUCAGUGCAAAUUGACAUGAGUGUCUUCUGUUGACCGCCAUGACUU